AUGACGAUGACAACGUCGACUACGAUGAAAAACGAAUCGGAAAGUAAUAAUGUUCAUAUGCACGGCCAAGAAAUACAGUCACAGUCCGUCGGGCAAGUAAGUUCGACGUUAGUGGGUGCUCGUACAGGUUUUGGAUUGCACGGGAAUCUUUCGCAGCAUCAAAACAUGGAACAAAUAAUGUGCAAUCCGUCAAACACGGAAGUGACACGUAAACCAGGUGCGCGUCGUCAAGAGAAACCACCUUAUUCGUAUAUUGCUUUGAUCGUAAUGGCGAUACAAUCGAGCCCAGUGAAGAAACUGACACUCUCGGAAAUUUAUUCGUUUCUUCAACAACGUUUCGCCUUCUUUCGCGGUGCUUAUCAAGGCUGGAAGAACUCGGUUCGACAUAAUCUUAGCUUGAACGAGUGUUUCAUUAAAUUACCGAAAGGUCUUGGUAGGGCGGGAAAAGGUCAUUAUUGGACCAUCGAUCCUUCAACCGAGUAUAUGUUCGAGGAGGGUAGCUUUCGUCGUCGGCCACGGGGAUUUCGUCGUAAAGGACAAGCUUUGAAAGCUCAAUAUCCUCAAUAUUAUUCGGCGGGUGGACCGGUGGUAGGUGUACAAACUGGCUACGACAAUUUAGCAGCGUCUGGCGGCAUGGAUUACGCUAAUGGUUAUCAAAAUCAAUAUCAGAAUUAUCAGGAAUAUGCGAUGUAUGGGCCAGCGGCAGCUGUUUCAGCGGAUUGGACUUAUCCCGAGUCGAGUUAUAAAACACCCCCGAUAGCCGAAGUCACCUAUAAAACUACCGAAGUCACUUAUAAGACCGGGGAACCAUCGUCCGUUUAUCGUAACGGUGAAUUGGUUACGUUUAAGAGCGAGCCCGGUUAUGGUACUGGUAGAAAUCAGGAUCAAUUAAGCACCGUGGCAGCCGCUUACAGACCACCAAUUGAUGGAUUUCAACUAAAGGAUCACCAUCCUCAGCAUCAGGAAACAAUAUACAAGGAUAACGAAGGUAUGAUGAUCUACAAGUGCGCGGCGGCCGGUAAUCCCACCGUAAACGCUCAAGCUACUACCGGACAAGACUAUUACGUGGGUUAUGGUGCUAUCGGUGUCAACAAUCCUGGUGUUCCAGCCACGGCUAACGUCAAUGUCAAUCUAACCAUGCAGAUGGUUCAUGAUCAAAACGGAAACGGCGGCGGCGGCAGUCCAGCUGGAAACGUCGUAGCUUCGGCGCACAGUCAAACACCUGUCGUCACCGAUCAUGGCUUGAAAAUUCAAUGCUCCAAUUCAAGUUCAAAUAGUUCUGGAGGUAGCAUAAUCGAUAGAAAGCCAUCGUACUUUGGUCAUCCAACGGGUACCGUGAGCUUGAGUUCCUUGAGUUCUUUGGGUUCUCUGAACUUAAGUAAUAUCGGUAGUAGUUUGAGUAUAUCAAACGUACCGAACGUAGCCGUUUCCUCGUGUCUUCAUCACGCAGCAAGCACACCACCACCACCACCACCACCACCAACAUCGACACCAUCUACGACGACACCAACAACACCAACACCGACCAUGUAUUACGAUCAAGUCAAGUACAAUAUAUGA